UUUGCAUUAUAAACUCAUCAUCACCUUCACAACUGCGUCGUUAGCUAGCACAAGGAAGAGUCCUACAGAAUUAAUGGAGCUUCUCUUCCUCUCACUCCUCCUCGCCCUCUUUGUUUCCUCCGUCACUAUUCCCCUCUUUCUCAUCUUUUACAAUCAUCGAUCCCAGAACAGCCACCCCAACCUCCCUCCAGGCAAGCUAGGCCUUCCCCUUGUUGGUGAAAGCUUUGAGUUCUUGGCCACGGGAUGGAAAGGCCAUCCUGAAAAGUUCAUCUUUGAUCGCAUAGCUAAAUACUCAUCUCACAUCUUCAAGACAAAUAUUCUUGGUCAACCAGCAGUUGUCUUUUGUGGUGUUGCUUGUAACAAGUUUUUGUUUUCCAAUGAGAACAAGCUCGUUGUAUCCUGGUGGCCCGACUCUGUUAACAAAAUCUUUCCCUCUUCACUUCAAACAUCAUCUAAAGAGGAAGCCAAGAAAAUGAGAAAACUUCUCCCUCAGUUCUUGAAACCUGAGGCCUUGCAAGGAUACAUUGGUAUCAUGGAUACCAUUGCACAAAGACACUUCGCCUCGGAAUGGGAACAUAAAGAACAAGUGCUGGUGUUCCCUUUGGCAAAGAAUUACACCUUUCGUUUGGCUUGUAGAUUGUUUCUGAGUAUUGAAGAUCCAAGCCACGUAGCUAAAUUUUCUGACCCCUUUAAUCUUUUAGCCUCGGGUAUCAUUUCCAUCCCCAUUGAUUUGCCCGGGACUCCAUUCAACCGAGCCAUCAAAGCCUCAAACUUCAUCAGAACUGAGCUUUUAGCUUUUAUAAGACAAAGAAAGAAGGAUCUUGCAGAGGGAAAAGCUUCCCCCACGCAGGAUAUAUUGUCACAUAUGUUGUUGACAUGCGAUGAAAAUGGAAAAUGCAUGAAUGAGCUUGAUAUUGCUGAUAAGAUCAUUGGAUUGUUGAUUGGUGGGCAUGAUACAGCCAGCGCUGCUUGUACCUUCAUUGUCAAGUAUCUUGCAGAGCUUCCACAUAUUUAUGAGGAAGUUUACAAGGAACAAAUGGAGAUAGCCAAAUCCAAAACUCCUGGUGAAUUCUUGAAUUGGGAUGACAUUCAGAAGAUGAAAUACUCAUGGAAAGUAGCUUGUGAAGUGAUGAGGAUCUCACCACCGCUUCAAGGUGCUUUUAGGGAAGCUCUCAAUGAUUUCAUUUUCAAUGGCUUUACCAUUCCAAAGGGUUGGAAGUUAUAUUGGAGCACCAACUCAACCCAUAGAGAUCCCGUCUACUUUCCUGAACCUGAGAAAUUUGAUCCUAGGAGGUUUGAAGGAAGUGGGCCAGCUCCAUACACGUUUGUCCCCUUUGGUGGAGGACCUCGGAUGUGCCCUGGAAAGGAGUAUGCUCGCUUGGAAAUACUCGUUUUCAUGCAUAAUUUGGUCAGAAGGUUUAAAUUUGAUAAGUUGAUUCAAGAUGAAAAGAUUGUAGUGAAUCCACUGCCAAUCCCUGAUAAAGGACUUCCUGUUCGCCUUCAUCCUCACAAGGCCUAGCAAGAGACGAGACUACAAUAUCAACUGAUACUAGAUAUAAUCUCUAGCUUAUAAGGCAUUUGUCUUAGAAAUUAGAAGCCAUAAAAUGUAACUUAAUUUGUUGCCAUCUAUAUUGUCGUGUGAUAUAUAUAUAAUUAAUGAUCUUGUGCUUAUAUUUAUAUAUAUGAAACCUUUGGAUCUGCUCAAUAAUGAAAUAUACUUCUCAUUUUACAACUCUA